AUGUCCAUCUUAUCAAAUGAAAUGUUUAAGGAGGCCAUGCCUAGUCAGCUUUCUCUGUUUGACCUGCCACCAACUCAGACUGCCGUAGAAAAUAUUUACUUUCAGGAUGUGCGCCCUAUAUCACAAAUUUCAGACAGUUCACCAAUUGAAUUUCAACUUUCAGCUCAAAAUGGAAUGGAUUAUGUUGAUCUCAAAAGAAGUAGACUGUAUGUUAAACUAAAAGUAACGAAUGGCGAAAAAGCACUUGCAAGCGAGGAUAUAGUGGGACCAGUGAAUUUACUUUUACCAUUACUUUUUAGUCAGCUGGAUGUAUCUAUGCAAAAUAAGCCCAUUAACAGUUCAGGAGCGCAUUAUCCGUACUUGAGUAUGUUGAGCACUCUCAUCAACUAUGGAGCUGAUGCAAAGUCAUCACAAUUGACUUCACAGUUAUGGGAGAGUGAUACUGCCGGAGAAUUUGACGAUGUCAAUGCUAAAAAUGGGGAAAAUGCUGGUCUUUUAAGAAGGGCUGUAUUCGUCAAGGGAAGUAAGAGUGUAGACCUUGAAGGACCGAUUAUGCAUGAGCUGUUUCAAAUGGAUAGAUAUAUUCUUAAUCAAGUUGGCAUAUCUCUAAAAUUUUACCGUACACGAGCUGAGUUUUGUCUCAUGUCAACCAUCGCUAGUGGGAAAAAUUAUCAAAUACAACUAGAAGAAGUUAUUCUUCGCGUUUGUAAAUGUAAAAUAAAUCCCGCCGUGAUACUCAGUCAUGCUAAAAUGUUGGAGACAACAACUGCCAAAUAUCCAUUCAAAAAGAGCAUUGUCAAAAUGUAUAAUCUUGCCAAAGGUCUUCUCAAUGUUUCUUUGGAAAACAUGUUUUCCGGAACAAGACCAGACCGUCUCUACAUUGCGUUUGUAUCAUCACUGGCUGCGGCUGGAGAUUAUUCAAAGAAUCCAUAUAAUUUUCAACAUUUCAACAUCUCUCAAAUUGCAUUGUAUAGCGAUGGAAAUCCAGUGGGAAAUACCCCUAUCAAAUUAAAUUUUGAUGCAGCGAGUGGGGAGAACGUUGUCGCAGCAUAUGUAAAUUUAUUUGAUAAUGCCUCAAAAUGGCUUUUCGAUGGAGGAAAUGCAAUAACUAGAAAGCAAUUUGCUGAGGGUGGGAAUGUUAUAUUCUGCUUUGAUCUUGAACCCACAUUUGAGCAGGGUGAAUAUCUUACAUUACUUAAACAGGGGAAUGUGCGCAUAGAGGCACAGUUUAGUGUAGCCCUACCAGAGACCGUGACAGCCAUUGUUUGGGGACAAUAUUCCACUCUUUUUGAGAUAAAUCAGGCAAGAGACAUUAUUACAGUGUAA